GAGAGAGAGAGAGGCUGAAGAGAAGCAGCAGAGGACAAAGCUGACACAUUCAACCACAACAGACAGAAAAUGGAUCGCUUUGCCGGAACCUGGAAAAUGAAAACCAGUGAGAAUUUCGACGAAUUGCUCAAAACUCUGGGCGUGAACCCCCUGCUGAGGACGGUGGCCGUGGCGGCUGCGUCCCGGCCCCACGUGGUGAUCGAGCAGAGCGGCGAGCGCCUCCACAUCCACACCUCCACCAGCGUCCGCACCACCGACGUCACCUUCAGCAUCGGAGAGGAGUUCGACGAGGAGACGGUGGACGGCAGGAAGUGUAAGAGUUUGGCCGUUUGGGAAACGAAAAAUAAGAUUUACUGUAAACAGACUCUAGUGAGCGGCACCGGACCCAGGACCUUCUGGAGCAGAGAAGUCAGAGGGGACGAACUCGUUCUGAUCUUUGGAGCGGAUGAUGUGACGUGCACGCGCGUCGAGCAUAGAACAUGUUUCAACGGCUCCCGGGAGAGAAAACGUCUCAGAUAAAUCAUCAUCUGCAAAAUAAAGAAUGAAAAUGUUA